GCCUGUGCACCAGGGAACAUCAUCUCCCCUCCCGCUGCCCAGCUUCGCUCUUAGACAUCCUUCAGCUUCCUCUUUGCCUGUCGCCUCCUCCAGGCAGCCUGUGCGGCUUCCCUUGGGCCGUCCGCUCCCUCUAGGGGCAGAGGCCUCGCCUGGCCCAUCCAGGCGUCUGCAACCCCCAGCACGCGGCGACCCCAGAGCAGGGUCACCAAGCGCUGGCUGAGGGGGUAGUGGAUCAAGGGCACGAGGGAGGAGGGAGAGACGGCGUCAGCAGGAGGAGCGUGGGGCGGAGGCGGCAGCAGGAGGGGGCGCGCGCGCCGGCGGCGGCGGCCCAGGGCCGGGGCCGCGCGCCCAGCCUGAGCCCGCCCCGCCGCCGAGCGUCACGGAACCUGCUUGAAAUGCAGCCGAGGAGCCGGGGCGGGCGGCAGCGGCGGCGGCGGCGGCUGGGGCAGCUGCAGACCCGGCGCCGUGGCAAAGACUCGGCAGGCUGAGGAGCGGCGGCGGCGGCGGCGGCACGGGGUGCGCGGGGCGCGGCGGCCGGAGCCCGGGGCCCGCUAUGGGCCUCCCGGAGCCGGGCGCGCUCCGGCCGCUGGCGCUGCUGUUGCUGCUGUUGCUGCGGCUCCAGCAUCUCUCGGCGGCGGCGGAUCCACUGCGCAGCGGCCAAGGGCCUGCCAAGGAGUGCGAAGAGAACCAGUUCCGGUGCCGGAACGAGCGCUGCAUCCCCUCCUUGUGGAGAUGCGACGAGGACGAUGACUGCUCUGACAACAGCGAUGAGGAUGACUGCGCCAAGAAGACCUGUGCAGAGAGCGACUUCACCUGUGACAACGGCCACUGCAUCCACGCGCAGUGGAAGUGCGAUGGCGAGGAGGAGUGUUCCGACGGCUCCGAUGAGUCCGAGGCCACGUGCACCAAGCAGGUGUGUCCCGCAGAGAAGUUGAGCUGUGGACCCACCAGCCACAAGUGUGUGCCCGCCUCGUGGCGCUGUGAUGGGGAGAAGGACUGUGAGAGUGGAGCGGACGAGGCCGGCUGUGCCACCUCACUGGGCACCUGCCGUGGAGACGAGUUCCGGUGUGGGGAUGGGACCUGUGUCCCUGCAGGCAAGCGCUGCGACCAGCAACAGGACUGUCCAGACAGGAGUGACGAAGCUGGCUGCCUGCAGGGGCUGAACGAGUGUCUGCACAACAACGGUGGCUGUUCCCACAUCUGCACCGAUCUCAAGAUCGGCUUUGAGUGCACGUGCCCGGCAGGCUACCGGCUCCUGGACCAGAAGACCUGUGGCGACAUUGACGAGUGCGAGGACCCUGACGCCUGCAGCCAGAUCUGUGUCAACUACAAGGGCUACUUUAAGUGUGAGUGCUACCCAGGCUACGAGAUGGAUGCCCUGACCAGGAACUGCAAGGCCGUCGUUGGCAGAAGCCCGUCCCUCGUCUUCACCAACCGGCAUGAAGUGCGGAGGAUAGACCUGGUGAAGCGGGACUACUCGCGUGUCAUCCCCAUGCUCAAGAAUGUCGUGGCGCUGGACGUUGAAGUGGCCACCAAUCGCAUCUACUGGUGUGACCUCUCCUACCGCAAGAUCUAUAGUGCCUACAUGGACAAAGCCAGCUACCCAGCGGAGCAGGAGGUCCUCAUUGAUGAGCAGCUGCACUCUCCAGAGGGCCUGGCGGUGGACUGGGUCCACAGGCACAUCUAUUGGACCGACUCAGGCAGUAAGACCAUCUCAGUGGCCACAGUCGACGGCCGCCGCCGACGCACUCUCUUCAGCCGUGACCUCAGCGAACCACGGGCCAUUGCUGUCGACCCCCUGCGAGGGUUCAUGUAUUGGUCUGACUGGGGCUACCAGGCCAAGAUCGAGAAGUCGGGGCUCAACGGUGCGGACCGGCAGACACUGGUGGCAGACAGUAUUGAGUGGCCUAACGGAAUCACCCUUGAUUUGCUGAACCAGCGCCUGUACUGGGUGGACUCCAAGCUGCACCAGCUGUCCAGCAUUGACUGCAGUGGAGGCAACAGAAAGAUGCUGAUUUCCUCCCCCGACUUUCUGAGCCACCCUUUUGGGGUAGCUGUGUUUGAGGACAAGGUGUUCUGGACAGACCUAGAAAACGAGGCCAUUUUCAGUGCAAAUCGGCUCAAUGGCCUGGAAAUCUCCGUCCUCGCUGAGAACCUCAAUAACCCACAUGACAUUGUCAUCUUCCAUGAGCUGAAGCAGCCAAGAGCUGCCGACGCCUGUGAACUGAGCGCCCAGCCCAACGGAGGCUGUGAGUACCUGUGCCUUCCUGCUCCUCAGAUCUCCAGCCACUCUCCCAAGUACACGUGUGCCUGUCCUGACACCAUGUGGCUGGGCCCUGACAUGAAGAGGUGCUAUCGAGCGCCUCAGUCUACCUCAACCUCGACGUUGGCCUCUACCACAGCGAGGACAGUAGCCGACACCACAAGAGCCCCUGGGACCACUGUCUACAGCCCCACCUACCAGAACCAUAGCACGGAGACCCUGAGCCCAGCAGCAUCGGUCCCAAGCUCAGUUAGUGUUCCCAGGGCUCCCAGCGUCAGCCCGUCUACCCCAAGCCCUGCGACCAGCAACCACUCCCAGCGCCAUGGGAAUGAAGGUGGCAAGAUGGGCUCAACAGUUACCGCUGCCGUCAUUGGGAUCAUCGUGCCCAUGGUGGUAAUAGCCCUGCUGUGCACGAGCGGCUACCUGAUCUGGAGAAACUGGAAGCGGAAGAACACCAAAAGCAUGAAUUUCGACAACCCUGUGUACAGGAAGACAACGGAAGAAGAGGAUGAAGAUGAGCUCCACAUAGGCAGGACCACGCAGAUUGGCCACGUCUAUCCAGCAGCAAUCAGCAGCUUUGAUCACCCACUGUGGGCAGAGCCCUGUCUUGGGGAGACCAGAGAACUGGAAGACCCAGCCCCUGCCCUCAAGGAGCUUUUUGUCUUGCCGGGAGAACCAAGGUCACAGCCGCACCAACUCCCGAAGAACUCUCUUUCCGAGCUGCCUGUCGUCAAGUGCAAGCGAGUGGCAUUAAGCCUUGAAGAUGAUGGACUGCCCUGAGGAUGGGACCACUCCCUUCGUGCCUCCCGGAAAUCAGUCCCAUGCACUACCCUCGGGACGGUGUAUGCCUGGAUGGAAGGGUCCCUGUACAUGAGUCUGUGUGUGUGUGUGUGUGUGUGUGUGAUUUUUUUUUAAAUUUAUGUUGCGGAAAGGUAACCACAAAGUUAUGAUGAACUGCAAACAUCCAAAGGAUGUGAGAGUUUUUAUAUGUAUAAUGUUUUAUACACUUUUUAACUGGUUGCACUACCCAUGAGGAAUUCAUGGAAUAGCUACUGCUGAGGAACUAACAUGAUGAGAUAACCAAAUGGGACCGAUGGUACAGUAGCUCACUCAUUUAAAAAUUAUAUUGACAGAGGGUAUUUGGUUUGGGGGGGGGGCCUUUUUAGGUUUCGGAGUUUUGGUUUUUUGUAAAUAGAAUGAUUAUGCUUUGUGGCUAUCCAUCAAAAAAAAAAAAAAAGAAAGAAAAAAGAAAAAAACAUUUCAACUCCCUCUCCCAUUUAGAUUAUUUAUUAACAUCUUUCAAAAAUAAGAUUAGUUCUGUAAGUAAUUUAGAGACAUGAGAGUAUUUAUUUUUGGUAUGACUGGCCCACCACGUGGACGGUGUGUGUAUUCAUGUUUAUGUGUGUAUGUGAGUGAGAAAAAAAUCUGUCGAGAAGAGGCACACCUAUGGCUGUUGUUCAGAUGCAUAAAGAUAAUAUACUUUAAGACAGCCCCCAGGAAGGGUAUCUGUAGUUAUCAGAGAAGCCCUUGGACAUUUGGCUCAGAAAACAGAUGCCCUGGUUUGUGCAAACAUGCAGUGGAAGAGGCAGUGCUUUUCUGCCUCUGGCUAUUCCUGGGACCCCCGUCAGUCAGGAAAAGCCCCCCAGCUCACCGGUGGCUGCUGACUCUCGCCCGGGCUUCCUCUUCUGUGGCUGAAGCCGGGGUACAGACUUCACGCAGUCCCGGAAGUUCUCGUGAGCUCAGGUGAGAGCACGUCUGAACCUCGGCUGCUCCUUCUGUUAAAGUUCAGCCUUUCAGGUAACUUCAUGUUCCUAUAGGACCCUUGGGUUGAAGUCUUUCCAUUUCCUCUGAAGCCCCCUGGGGGUGCCGUCCUUACUCACAGAGAGCUGUUUCUAGAGCAGCCCAGGUUACCUGGAGGGGCUGGUUCGGGCACUGACCUCUGAGAGGCGCCCUGGGUGAGGAUGAGGGCAGUGGAGCAGGUUUUGUCACAUCCCUGUUUUUCCCUCCCCCUCACUCUCCACCAUUUCCUUUACGUGGGGAAAACGGUUUAAAGGAAUACUUAAAUGAUGGUUUGUUUCCAUCAUGUGUUCAUACAGAUGAAACUAACUUAGGGUUUAAGUCGGAAAAAGUGGCCCAACCUAAAGUUCCCAUGUGAGGGGAAAAUGGUGUACACAAUUUAAAUAGUCUCCCGCAUAUAUAUGUUCACACUGGGAUUUGGUUUACUGCUUUGUAAAUAAAAGGAAAAACUCUGGGUA